UAUCCAGAAGCGGAAAUAUCUCGCGUCGCCGCGAACGAACGCACACGAGGGAGACGAGCGCACGAGCACACGCACACAACCAUCACCGGCUUUGGGAGCCGCAGAGAGAGGAAUCGCACGGGACGCGCGGUCGGUGCGUGGUUUGGUUUCGCCGGAAGCGCCGUUGGAUCAGGAAGGAUAGAGGGAGGAGGACAGAUGGCGGGGGAUCGGCUGAGCUGGGCGGGGCUGCUGAAAUGGAGCCUCUCCUACGUCGACGGGGCGGGGCCGUCCCGCGCCGUCAGCGAGGAGGAGCGGCGGUGGCUGGCGGAGGCGGUGGAGCGGCACAUGAUGAUGGACGUGGUGAGCCGGAUGAGGGAGAUUGCGCUGCUCAUGAGCACCCCGCCCGCCGUCCUGGAGGCGCAGGGCAUCACCCACGACGACAUCGAAGAUUUGCUGAGUGAGCUGCAGGUGCAUGUGGAGUCUAUCGACAUGGCAAAUGAUUUGCAUUCUGUUGGUGGGUUGGUUCCAGUUAUCAAGUACCUCAGAAAUUCUAAUGCCCGUAUCCGAGCGAAAGCAGCUGAUGUGGUAACAACAGUGGUUCAGAACAAUCCGACCAGCCAGCAGUUGGUCAUGGAAGCUAGUGGUUUUGAACCUCUCUUAUCCAAUUUCAGAUCAGAUCCUGACCUUACUGCUCGGAUAAAAGCUCUUGGUGCACUAUCUUCUCUGAUACGGAACAACAAACCAGGAGUUUCUGCAUUUCGUUUAGCCAACGGAUAUACAGGACUAAGAGAUGCAUUGAAUUCAGAAAGUGCAAGGUUUCAGAGGAAAGCGUUGAGUCUGACUCACUAUCUGCUCAGCGAAAGCCAUUCAGAUUGUUCAGUAUUUGCACAGUUAGGUUUCCCCCACCUUAUGAUGCGUUUGGCAUCCAGCGAUGACUCUGGUGUUCGAGAGGCAGCAUUAGGGGGCUUGCUUGAGCUAGCAAGGGACACAACACUUGGAAAUAGGAGUCUACUAGCAGAACAUGACAGGUUACGGCGGCUUCUCUGUGGACGUAUGGAAAGCAUAAGGACGAUGACUCCUGAAGAUUUGGAUGCUGCACGAGAAGAGAGGCAGCUUGUUGACUCACUGUGGAUCACAUGCUACCAUGAACCCUCCAUGCUCCGCAAUGAAGGCCUCCUUGUUCUGCCUGGGGAGGAAUCUUUCGAACAACCUCCUGAUGUGGCUGGUAGAUUCUUUGAGCCAAUGCGCCGAGCUUCUGCUAGGAGGACACCCCCUGUUGAUAGAUCAGAUCCAGGGGAUGAAACUGGGGGAGGUAUGGUUUUGCUUUUGGGUCCAGCACCAGAUGGUAGAUCAAAUUCCCCCCGUCACUGAUCUUUCUGGGUGGUGAGACCGUGCGUGAGGAAUGGAGAAAGGAAGCAGACCGUGCUGCUGCCUUGUAAUUAUAUAAGUUGCUUCGAGUAUUAUGUAAUGUUAUUAGGAUCUAGGGACCUAGUAUCCAUUCUCAAAUAAGUAAAUACUAUGUUGUUGUUUAUGCUUGUAUAGUACUAGUGACUCCCAAUUAUGUUAUUAUGAUGCUUUAAUAGUUACAGAUGUGUUGUGUCAGA